UGGGGGCGGGGCCUGCCCCUGUGGUCCACUGUGUGGGAGCCCUGGGCGGGCUGUAGCCUAGCAGCGCCCCGCCCCCAGCCCCCCUCCCCGCUCCCCAGCGGAGCCGGCCCCCAGCAUGGCCUUGCUGGGCUGCCCAGCCACGUCGCUGUACCCGCUCGCCUGCUGCGGGCUCGUCCUUCUUGUCCUACUGCUGUUCUUGUUCACCGGGACCCGCUGUAGUCGACCCCGUUGGGGCAUCGCCGGCCUGCUCAUGGCCCGCAGUGAGAGGCUGCUUUUUCGGAUCGGGUACAACCUGUAUGCACGAACCUGGCUGGGUUACCUCUUGUACAAAAAACAGCUUCAGAGGGCACGACAUCGAUUUCCAGAUGGUCACUCAGCUGUUCAGCCUCGAGUCUUCAAUGGAGUGAAGGUGCUGCCCAUUCCAGUCCUUCUUGACAACUAUAGCUACCUCAUCAUCGACACCCAGUCCAAGCUAGCUGUAGCUGUUGACCCUUCAGAUCCAAGGGCUGUACAGGCCGCCAUUGAAAAGGAAGGGGUCACCUUGGUUGCCAUUCUCUGUACCCACAAACACUGGGACCACAGUGGGGGCAAUAGGGAAUUGAGACGACAUCAUAGAGGAUGCCGAGUCUACGGGAACCCCCAGGAUGGCAUUGCUCACCUCACUCAUCCCCUCUGCCAUCAGGAUAUGGUGAGUGUGGGGAGGCUUCAGUUCCAGGCUCUGGCCACCCCUGGUCACACUCGGGGCCACAUGGUCUAUGUGCUGGAUGGAGAACCCUACAAAGGCCCUUCUUGCCUUUUUUCAGGGGACCUUCUCUUUCUUUCUGGCUGUGGCAGAAUAUUUGAAGGGUCACCUCCAACUAUGUUGAACUCACUGGACCUCAUCAUGGGCCUGGGAGACGAUACCUUGCUUUGGCCAGGUCAUGAGUAUUCGGAGGAGAAUCUGAGUUUUGCUGGCCUGGUGGAGCCAGAAAACAUGGCACGAGAGAAGAAAAUGCAGUGGGUUCAGCAACAGCGCCUUCAGUACAGGAGCACGUGCCCGUCCACCCUCGGGGAGGAGAAGACGUACAACCCCUUCCUGAGGACUCACUGCCUUGCUCUGCAGGAAGCCCUGGGACCGCUGCCUGGCGCGGGAGGGGACGCUGGCCCCUCCAGAGCCCGCAUACUGGAAGAGCUUCGCAGACGCAAGGAUCAGCAUAAGGGCAAAUGAGAUCCCUAUUGGUUGGGUCCCUUUUCAUGCCCCGCCCCCUUCCUCCCCUCUCAUCUGCACGUUUGCCCUCCCCAGCAUUGCCUCUCUUUCCCUCACUCGGACUCUGGGGAGGAGGCACAAAAAGGAUGUCGGGUUCAUGGUAGACUUCCAAGGAGGGGGUGAAUGAAAAGCGAGAUCUCCAGGGAAAGGGGGUUGGUGGCUCUGGAUGGAAACGGAGAAGGGAGAAAGGAAAUAGAGAGGCGUCGUCCCCUCCCGUCCUCCCUCGGACUGGAGUCUAGGAGGAUAUUGGUCAGUUUUAGGUGAGUCCCCCGACUUCCGCCCCUAGACUCCUCCAUCCAUCUAGAGUGGCUGUUCAGGGCUGCUGCUUCUCACUGAGGACCUCAAGUAGGUUCUGUAGCAGUGGCAGCAGGAUAAGGGUGGGGGGAGAGGAGGGCCACUGGGAUCGAGAUCGAAUCCUCCCCACUCCUUCCCUUUCAGGGAGUUUGAAAUAAAGUCCUUAAAGGGGAUCAAUCUAGUGUUGAGCUUCUUUGGGGAAAGGUAGCGAGUGGGGUUCCUUGUCUGACCUGCUUUGGUUCUCCUAGAACACCCCCUUCCACUCGAAACCAAAAUCUCUUUGUCCUCCCAUUCUCCUGGUUCCUAUCCUUCGUGGAGGGCUCGUAUUUGCAGUGAGCUCCAAGGACCAAAGGAAAAUAGAAAGGCCGAGGAGGCAUUCCAUUUCCUUCUCUAGUGGCCCUCCUCUUACCUUGACUGUACUUCAAUAUUUCACGUCCCACACCAACUUUCCAAAAGAAAACAGUGUUUUAAGAAAGACCCCUUUGCUUGACUCCAACCCUAAGAUCCUAGAGAGGCAAAGUUCUGAAUAAUAGAGACUUGCCUCUAUUCUAGUACUUGUCAGCCAUGGCAGCAGCAAGAGCCUCUGAGGUGCUGCUGGUUCCUUCAGAGAGACCCCAGAGUUUCCUAUGACACUGACUCCUGCUUCCUUCCAAUCGGUGGUACAUUUUUUCUCACCUACAUCCUUCUUUCUCUACUUUUAAUCGAAUUCCUUCCAUCUUUAGUGUAGCUGGAGAGACCCUCUGGAAUAUGAAAUUACCCUUCACACUCAAGAUCAAUUCUUGGAAACCCCCUCCAUUACUUUUCAUUUCUUUUGGGUGGGGGGAUUCGAUCUGGGAUUUCCUUAGUGUCACAAACAUGCAUAAUCUCACCAAUAUCAUCAGCUAUUCUAGUCUUUUAAGAGGCAAAGCCUGAACUUGGGGCUUCUUGCUCAGAGGCCUGUUUUCUUUUUUUCCUUUCUUUAUAAAUAUUGACUGGUUUGUGGGGUUUGUUUUUUUGAGAGAAAAUUAAUGAUCAACUCCCCUUUGCUCAAUAUAUAUAUAUAUAUAUAUAUAUAUAUAAUAGUGUCAACUACAGACUUGAAAUGAUGAUGAUGUGAAUGGAAUGAAGACACACAGUAUAUUUCCAUUUUUCUGAGCUGCCUCCUUUUUAAGGUUUAGAUGAAGAGCCCAGCUGCUUUUAUCCAAAUCUCCAGAAUAACAUGGCAUUAUUGUUUAAGAGUCUUGGUUCACAGGGCGGUUGGUGGUUCAAUGGAUAGAGGGCAAGCUUUGAAGUUGGGGAGAUCUGGGUUCAAAUCUAGCCUCGGGCAUUUCCUAGCUGGGUGACCCCAGCUGGGUAAGACCCUUACUCUCAUCUGCCUAGCCCUUGCCCUUCUGUACUAGUUGUUACUAGGACAGAAAAUAAAGGUUAUGGGGGAAAAAAGACUAAUGGUUCACAUGGGGAAGUGUCAUAGUCUAGCUAAAACUGCUCCUUAAGAUGGGUUGUCUGCUGUAGACAGGAUCAUCCUUCUUCCCAGUACUCUUGCUCUGCCCCUUCUCUAUAGUCUUCUGUAUGUAAAAUUUCCAUUACUAUAAAUUCACAAUUUUUUAGCCAAUUGACACCAGCCUAAAGGCGAGGAAGCCAAUCAGACAUUCCUGCUAAGAGAGCUUGAAUCCUCCCCAGAAAACAUUUGUCUCUCUUCCUCCUCCCAGAGCAACUCUGUUUGGUGGAAUGGACCCAGGUGUGCCCAGCACAAGAGGAAUGACAUCAUGGGGCCAGGAGGGUGCCUCUUUCUGGCCCCCCUCCUCUUGCCACACCCUCAUUGACCCAGACCUGAUGGGCGCCAUCCCCUCUGGUGCCAGUUGUUUCUUUGCCUCACCAGUGACUGUGAUCCAAUUGUGUCUUUGUAUUCCUUAUUUCUUCACCUGUAGUGUGGUAAGCCACAAACCUUCCCUCAUGAGUUAUUGUAUCCCUAAUAAAAAUCUAUCUAUAUUUUUUUGGCAUUAA